AUGAAUCGAAACAUACCAAUUGGGAAUAAAAUUUGUGCAACAAAAGAAAUAUUCUAGAACUAAGUCAUUCUAAAUAGUCAUUUAUUGACUAUGAGACCCUAAAUCAACACUAGUGCACCAAAACAAUAUGAUUUUCUAAAAAAUAAAAAGAUUAAGGAAGCCAUCAAAUCAUAAAAGUAAUAAGAAAUAGACAGAGAAAAUUAAAAUCUUAUAUCCAAAUUAACUAAUAUUAUGUAAUAAUAAUCAAGUAAUAAUAUUAUCAUAAUUAAGAUAACUCAAUCUCUACUUUAGCAAUUAAGAAAUCCACUACUGUGAGUCUUGGUCCAAAGAAAUCUCUCAAUAAAGAAUACAGAAAAAAAGAAUUGAUUAAGAUUGUUAUGGAGAAUCAAUAACUCUUAAAAAGAAUUUAAGAUUAGAAAUCUCAAUACAAUGUUAAAGAUUGGAAUCAAGAGAGAAGAUGGGUUGAAAAAUAUAUUUCUAAUAUUUGCGAAUAUCCGUAUAAGGAUUUCAAACCUACAAAAACUUUAGUGUAAUAUUGGACCAACUCAAGAAUUAGCGAGUCUUAAUUAUAAAGUAAUAAUUCAGAAGUUAUAUUAUUAGAAAGAGAUAAUUUUAACAAUAAGAAAUUAGAUCCCUUAGAAAUCAAAAGCCAAUAAACUAAGUAUCAAGUAUUAUUAAUCUAUUCAGAUCAAGAGCUAGGCAAGAGAAUAAUACAGAGUCUAGAUAAAUCUUAAUAAAUUAAGAAAAUCAAUAAAGGUAAUAUAAUCUAUAAUAAUAUUUUAGAAGUCUCUUUGAAUCUGAUUUUCAACCUUAUGAACCCUAUCAAGAUAAGGUUAGUAAGAUUGUUAAUGAAAUCAUUGAAAAACCUUAGUAAUAAGAAUUAGAGUAAAAGAAAGAAGACAAAGAAGUUGUAAAUGAUCAAAAAUAUCAAGAUAAACCAACAAUGCAAGAAGAUCAAGUAAAUGUGGAAUCUAAUGAUCAGUAAAGCAGGGAAUAAGAAGAAAAUUAGAAUAAUGAAAAAAUUGAAGAAUAAUAAUAAUAAUAAUAAUAAUAAUAAUAAUAAUAAUAAUAAUAAUAAUAAUAAUAGAAUGAAAUUGAUAACUUAAUGGAGAAUUCAUAAGUAAAUGAAGAGUAAUAAGAUGAAGGUUCUAAUAAAUCUCCUCAAAAUCAUCAAAAUAUAUAAACUAUAGAUUUUGAAUAACAGAAUUAAGAAGUAUUAGACAAUUAAAAUUCAGAAUAAUUCUAAGAUUGA